CCGGGCUGCACGCCCUUCCCUGCCCGGCCGCAGGAGAGGACAGGCUGGUUCGGCUUCUCGGGUUGGGUCUUAAGCGGCUCGAAGGCGAAGGCAGCCCCGGGGUGCUGCUGCUGCGGGGGGAGCUGCUGGGCUGGACCGGGCCGCUCCCCGCCCCGGCUGAGGUAAGCGGGCCCCGUGGGCGUCGCUGGCGGUGGCGCUCGUCACCCGUUGACGGGUGUCCCCUAAUCGCGUUGCCAUCAGCCUCCGCCGGGGAGUAUAAAAGGGGCCGCAGCGGGUGAGGCGUACAGAGCGCGGCGCUGCCCUCCUCCCCGGCCCCCCGCCCGGCCGUCCCCAUGCAGCCCGCCAUGAUGAUGUUCUCCAGCAAGUACUGGGCGCGGAGGGGCUUUUCGCUGGACUCGGCCCUGCCGGAGGAGCGCCCCGCCGUCGGAGGACUCACCCUAAACAGAUCAAGUUCUGGGAAGAAUGAGGAAAAGAAAGGGAAUAAGGGAAAUGGCAAAGGUGAAUCUGUUUCUGAAGGUGGAAAGACAGCUGUAGUGUUUUCCCUGAAGAAUGAAGUUGGUGGAUUGGUGAAAGCUCUCCGACUCUUCCAGGAGAAACAUAUAAGUAUGGUUCAUAUUGAAUCACGAAAAUCGAAGAGAAGGAACUCAGAGGUGGAAAUUUUUGUGGACUGUGACUGCAGUAAGAAAGAAUUUAAUGAACUAAUCCAGUUGCUCAAGUUUCAAACAAAUAUUGUCUCUCUCAAUCCACCAGAAAAUAUCUGGACUGAUGAAGAAGAUCUUGACUGUGUACCCUGGUUCCCCAGGAAGAUAUCUGAAUUAGACAAAUGCUCACAAAGAGUUUUGAUGUAUGGAUCUGAGCUGGAUGCAGAUCACCCUGGAUUUAAAGACAAUGUCUACCGACAGAGAAGAAAGUACUUUGUGGAUAUUGCCAUGAGCUAUAAAUAUGGUCAGCCCAUUCCCAGAGUGGAGUACACAGCUGAAGAAAUUAAAACAUGGGGGGUGGUAUUUAGGGAGCUCAGUAAACUCUAUCCUACCCAUGCUUGUCGUGAGUAUUUGAAAAACUUUCCCCUGCUGACCAAGUACUGUGGAUACAGAGAGGAUAACGUGCCUCAGCUGCAAGAUGUUUCUGUUUUUCUUAAGGAAAGGUCUGGCUUCACAGUGAGACCAGUUGCUGGAUACUUGUCUCCCCGAGAUUUUUUAGCUGGCUUAGCAUAUAGAGUUUUUCACUGUACUCAGUACAUACGACAUGGCUCGGAUCCUCUCUACACACCGGAACCGGAUACAUGCCAUGAACUCUUGGGACACGUGCCUCUACUUGCUGAUCCCAAGUUUGCACAGUUUUCACAAGAGAUAGGACUUGCUUCACUGGGAGCAUCUGAUGAAGAUGUUCAGAAAUUAGCCACUUGCUAUUUUUUUACAAUUGAGUUUGGCCUUUGCAAGCAAGAAGGACAGCUACGUGCUUAUGGGGCAGGACUUCUGUCUUCUAUUGGCGAAUUAAAGCAUGCUCUCUCUGACAAGGCCAACGUGAAAACAUUUGAUCCAAAGACAACCUGUUUGCAAGAAUGCCUUAUCACUACUUUCCAGGAAGCAUACUUUGUUUCAGAAAGUUUUGAAGAAGCCAAAGAAAAGAUGAGGGACUUUGCCAAAUCAAUCAAUCGUCCCUUCUCUGUGUAUUUCAAUCCAUAUACACAAAGCAUUGAGAUUCUGAAGGAUACCAGGAGUAUAGAAAACGUUGUUCAGGACCUCCGCAGUGAUCUGAACACUGUAUGUGAUGCUUUAAGCAAAAUGAACAGAUAUUUGGGGAUUUGAUAUUUGUGGCACUGUAAUUUGCUGUUAGUUGCUUUUUUCUGUAGCCAGUCUUGUAACAUCACAUGAUACUGCUAACUUCUCAAACCUAUCAGUUUUCCCUUUGCAGCUUGGCCUGUGGCUUGCAUUGUUGUGUAGCUCUGUCUGAUUGUAAUGUGCAGACAAACCAAGGCAAUGCUAAUUUGUAAAUGCAACAUGGAAUGUGGCAAAAUAUAGUCAUCAGUUCAUCAAUGCAAUGUCAUGUACAAGUACACCAUUAAAAACUUGCCUGGCAA